AUGCUGGUGAAGGAGAACCACAGCGUGAUCCUCUACGCGGACGAGGAGAACGUCGAGUUGGUGAAGCUGACGAGCGAUGGAGUCCUGACGAACAGAAAAGGGACCUUCCUACACAAAAACAUCAUAGGAAAGAAAUAUGGCAGCAAAAUAUAUGACAGUGCCUGUAGGAAUUACAUUUAUGUGUUGAGAAGGACCCCCGAAUUUGUAGCCAUCAGUUUGAAAAAAAAAACACAGACUCUUUAUGAGCAUGACAUAUCCUUUAUCUGCCUACUGUGUAAUGCUUUGCCAAAUAAAAAAAUAAUUGAAGCUGGGACAGGCACCGGUUGCCUAACCUACGCGCUAGCCAGUUGCGUUUUGCCGAAAGGAGUCAUUCAUACCUUCGAGUAUAAUGAAGAGCGUUAUGAGGAAGUGCGAAAUGAAUUCUCCAAUUUUGAAAAUGUCAAAAAUAAUAUCAAAUUUCACCACAAAGAUGUCAUAAGUGAUUCCUUUGUAGAAUUCCAACCGGGGGAAAUUGAUUCGGUUUUUUUAGACAUGCCGAACCCGUGGCUUUGUGUUCCUCACGUUAAGAAGGUCCUCAAGGAAAGAGGCGUUUUCGUCAUCUUUCUCCCCUGCAUUGAGCAGGUUUAUAAAAUUAUUGAGGCUCUGGAGGAGAAUCAGUUCUGCGAAAUUGUCACCUACGAAUUGGUUAACAAGUCUUGGGAGAUUAUUCGCAAUGGGGGGCCCGCGGGUGGAUGCAAGCGGGCCAGGCAGUUCAGCUUGGGUGGCGCUAAGGAAACGAGUGACCCGUUGGAGGGGGUUAAAGAAACGGGUGACCCGUUGGAGGGGGUUAAAGAAACGGGUGGCCCGUUGGAGGGGGUUAAAGAAACGGGUGACCCGUUGGAGGGGGUUAAAGAAACGGGUGACCCUUUGGAGCGGGCUAAACAGUCGAACGACCCUUUGGAGCGGGCUAAACAGUCGAGCGACCCUUCGAACGAGCAGAAGAACUGCCCUACCCCUGCGCAGAGUCAAAACCCAACGUACAGACUCCGCCAGAAGGAGAACAAGACGCACACCGGGUACUUGAUCUUCUCCAAGAAGGAGCUAAGCGAUGAGCACGAGCAGAUCGAAAUUGAGCUCAAGGGUGUUUAG